ACCGAAGUCGACAAUUCUAUUAUUAAACUCAAGACGAUUUCAAAGACUUGUUAAUUUUCUCACGAGCUGAUUUUCUGAGUGCUGCUUGUGUCAAAUAUAUCAUAAUUAUGUGAUUUAUUCGAUCCUGUUAACGUUUGUGCAAUAAUCACAAAGUCUUAAAUACGUUACAAAGGUAUGAUGUUAAAAGUUAUUUCAUGGCUAUGUCAAGAUGAUUCGAUCUCUUUCUAAAGAAAUUAUAAGGACCAAUGAUCAAGUAGAAUUACCUGGGACUAAAGAGACAAUUCGUAAGGAUAGAACACUUUUGAAACUCGUUCGUCUUCGCUGGGAAAAGUCUUUGAAGAACGAGUUGGACAGACUCGAUACAGAGAAAAGUCUUUUGGAAAAAGAGUACAGUUUUGAGAAACAUCUUUAUGAGAGAAAGUUUAAAAGUUUAAAUGGAAAGAAACGUUUACCAAAAAUGAAAAACUUGACAGGGGUAAAACAUACGAAUACUAAAGAGAAUGGGAAGCUAAAAGAUGAAAAUCAAGAUGCUUUACCAUUAAAAAAAGUAUUUUGUUCAAGGCAAUAAUGGCGAAAUAAGAACCUUCAAGCUGAAACAACAGAAAACAGCAUUGGUUGGAUUUCUGUAUUUUUAAAUCAUUAAUCAAUUGCACUGCCCCAUCACUGCCCCCACAUACAAAUGGUUUCUAAUUUCAAGAUAGCUUCCUGACAAUACUCGUCAUCACUCCUGUUGUGAUGUGCCUAUUAAUUUGCAUAUGUAUAAAUACGCUUCUUGAAAUAGAUUUUGUUAUGGGCAAUGUGUUCUUUAACCAUGUCAAAGUCUAUGUAAAUAUACGAAAAUCAAAGAAAUAGCAAAGCAAUGAAGGCAAAUGUGUAUCUUACUUAAUUCAAAUUCUAUAACCCUUGGCCUUCACUUUAUUGCCUUUAGUUAGAAAUUUCAAAUGAAGAAUUAUGUCACCGUUGCUCUGUAAAUCCAAACGAAAGUUAAAGAUAUUUUGUUUUCUUUGUUUGAUGGCUUUCUUGCUCGCGUAUUCACAGCGAAAAGAUUUUUUAAAAUGCGUAUACAACAGAGACGAAAACUUGCUUUUCUGGUGUAAUGAUGAGAAACGUUCUAACAUAGAGGAAGGAGAUGCCAUCACAAGCGUCUCAACAGCUCAUGUUAUGAUUUCAUUGGUCAACCUUGACCAACAUGAAAACGUUCUUGAUGAUAUGAGGGUUUGUAUGCCUUCACUUUGUAACUAUAGCAGCAUACAAAUAACACUCCAUAUAGUCACUGAUAUGAAAAGUAAAGCAAAAGUGAGUGAUGUUGUUAGAGGUCUGGGAAGGAAUUUUUGCAAAGGUAUACUGAACGUGAAAUAUCACGACAUCGAAGUACUCGCUGAGCAGAUUCAACCGUCUCUCAUGAAAGUGUUUGAGACCUUUUUCACAGCUGGAUCACGAUCAUAUUAUUCCGGAGCAUUGUUCUUCUUAUCUAUCGUAAGUCAUCAGUUAUUUCCAAGACUCUCAAAGCUGAUUUUUAUCGAUGCUGAUGUAAAAUUCCGAGCAGACGUUCGGAAACUUUGGAGUCAAUUUGAAAAAUUUUCUGCAAUCAAUAUGAUUGGCAUAAGUUAUGAACAUCAACCGGUAUAUCGUCACGUGUUAAACACAUAUCGACAACAAUAUCCUAAGACAAAUAUUGGCUCACCACCCCCUGAAGGAAAUCCUGGAUUCAACAGUGGUGUUAUUCUUCUAGAUCUGACUAGAAUGAGAAAUUCUGCGAUGUACAGAGAAUAUCUUUCUCAAUCAUCUCGGAUACGAUCUCUUUGUGAGAAAUAUUACUUCAAAGGACAUCUUGGUGACCAGGAUUUCUAUACUCUUCUUGGUUUUGAGCAACCAGAUAUUUUUUAUGUCUUACCGUGUACUUGGAACAGACAGUUAUGUACAUGGUGGAAAGAUAAUGGAUAUCGAGAGGUAUUUCAUAUGUACCACAAGUGUGAUGGAUAUGUUAAUUUGUAUCAUGGAAACUGCGGAACUGCCAUACCUUAUGACUAAUGCAAGCUUCUCGUUCCAUUUGACAGCGAAAAAACUAGUGCUGGUUUUUGCAAUCUCGAAAACAUGCAAAAUUAGACAGAAUUAUGGAAUUGUUUCUCUAAUUGCGUUACUUUGCCUAGGAGUCUUUAUGCGAGGUUUUUAUCAAGGGUCUUUACCCCUAAGUAAGUAUUCUUUCCCCAGGGUAUUUUUGUGGAAAAUCUUUGAGUGAUCUAUGCCCAUUUCUCUUUUCUUUAUGGCCUUUACUAAGAGACGCUGUUUCUCUGGAAUGAAGAGCCAUUUGCAGUUGGAAUAUCAUGAAGUUAUUAGAGCGACAUUUGUUGCAAGCUUGGAAUGUUCUUUUAAGGAGUUACAUUAUUCACGUUGUUA